GACCCGGGAGUGUUUCCCAGCUCUCCCCAGACCAGAACCUGGACUUCCAUCAGGACCGACUCGGACCCCAUCCCCAGUCUGGACCAGGAUGUGGACCUUCCUGAUGAUGGUGGUCCUGCUGGACCUGAACCGGGCCACAGCUGUGAGACCAGAACUGAGAUCAGCUGGGAGACGGAUCAGGAGGAUGGAGGCGGACUGGAAUGUAACAGGCCGGUCCAGCAUCUCUCAGGUGUUGGUUGACCUGGACCAGCUGGAUGCGUCCACGAUGUCUACUGUUGUGGACACGCCCCAGCUGAUGACAUCCUCCUCUUCUUCAUCCUCCUCAUCCUCAUUGUCUUCAGAGUCCAGCCAGAGUUCAGAGGGAGUUGAACUGCAGCAGCAGCUGGAGCCUCCGAACAUGGAGAACACGGCCCUGGAGCAGCUGGACUCGUCAGAGGAGAGCUCGGAGCUCCGCCCACCCCUCAGUCUGAGGCACCACCAGCUGGUUUCUCUGGGAGAGGGAGGAGCCAUAGAAGAGGGCGGAGCUCAGAAGAGUCACAGCACUGAAGUGGGUGGAGCCAACACAAAUGAGCUGGUGGGUGGAGCUAAACAGGAUGAGGGUGUGGCCUCUAAGGAGAAGCUGCUGGACGACAGCUUGGAGCAGGUGGACCACCUCCCCUUCCACCUGCAUGAUGACCACAGCGAGGAGGCGGGGCUUGAGCUGGCCCUGUAGCACAGCCCCCUUACACAGCAAGGAGGCGGGGCUUGAGCUGGCCCUGUAGUUCAUUCUCUGCCGUGUUUUUAGCUUUUAUAAUAUUCAUUUAUCUGAUGGUGUUGAAGUAACUUUCUGUGCAGAAUCUGUUGAUCAUGUCUGAAUCCUGAAUAAAUGAUUCCUCAUGAA